AUGCCUUUGGGAUUUUUCAAUUUCAAUGCCCCAAGAACGCUCCCACAAUCAACUGGUCCAAAUGCGGUGCGGUAUUAUAUCCGUCAUUCCCUCGUAACCAAAUACGACGCGACCCCUGACUUUGCAGAGGAAAUGGCAAGUCUAUGGAAAUGGGGCCGAGUGCGCAACUUUUACCAAGGCUCUGCGUCGUCGUUUAGCCGUAUUUUCGGACCCGAUGUAGGACCCAUCAUUUUCGAGUCUCUGAUUGAAGAUAGGAUGUUUGGUACUUUCCGUCGCAUGUACAGUCAAGAACCUGAUGCGUAUCAUGAGAGGAUCUACGCCUCAGGAGACUAG